AUGCUCAGGGUCUUUCGUCAACAUGAUCAGCAUGCUUUCGAGAAACUCUUGGUGGAUUGGGCUUCUUUGGCUGCAGCUAUGGAUGCUCAUGGUGGUGCGCUUGCUUUCGGUCAGUGGAAAGAUUGGGGCUGCACCUUUGAUCUGCGGCAUCUGCAGCAAGAAUGGGAGUCAAAUCUCUUUGUGGACUUGCAAAAUGAAUGUCAAGGAAAUGUCACGCAUCACGGAAGUCUCUCAUCUCAAAUCCGGCCGACUGUAGCAACAUUGCAGGAAACAGUGGACUUGGAGGCUUUGCAAGCCUACUUGGAAAGUGGCUCAGACAGAAGGACUUCGCAGCUUCGGGCCUAUGUUGAUCGUCAUGCUUCUGAAGGAGUUCGCGUGGGGCGCUUUUCUACUGUCUCUGUCGGGUACUACAAGGCCCCCAAUUAUGGUCGUUUACUUGCUCGUGGCCCUGCUGCACAAAAACUCACUCGAGAAGCUCGUGGAAAAGCCUUCCCCCAUGCCAUUGAGAUUGAUGCAGCUUGUUGCCAUCCUCGUCUUCUCUUGCGAAAACUUCGAGAUAUGGGAUUGGACGAGGCAGGUAGUUUCCAGAUGCUUCGUCUCUUCUGUGAGAACUACAAGUCAUGGCGGUCAGUUUUGGCUCAGUAUCUUUGCGUUGAUGUCCAGGAGGCAAAAAAGGAACUUAUCCGCAUCUUCUACGGUGGCAACCCGCGUUUCGAUAUUCCAUGGCUCCGCAAGCUUGGGGAAGAAGUUCAGGCAGCUGCUCAUCUGAUUCUACAAGAUCACAGACAUACUCAUCUUUCUGAUUUGUACAAUGAUCGCAGACAUCCUGAAUUCAGUCGGCCUUGUUCUUUGCUAUCAUUCGAUGAAGCUGACCUAUUGGACACCAUUCGGACCCAUGCGCAUGUGAAAAUGGAGGUUGCUCUCUUUGACGGAGGCAUUGUGUCGUGCACAUCUGUGCAAGAUCUCUUUUGGUUGCAUCGUGCUUGCGCAGAAACUUCCCACAACAUCAUCCCCGUCGAGAUCAAAAGUGAGCCGCAAAGUAUGAAGACUUUCUUGCAUAUGUUGGUGUGCAAGAACAUCGUGAACAUGAUGGAAGUCGAAAUUCCUUCCACUCCGGCAAACUGUUUGCUCUUUGCUGUUCAAGGUGUUGCACCUCAUGUUGAUCUCAGUAGUUUGCGCCAAGUUUUGCAAGACAAGCCAGAGUCCUCGCUUUCCGCUCAUCAAUUCAAUGAAGCUUUGGCAGAUGCAGACUCUGCAGCCGACACUGCUUGGCAAUUGCAUUGCAUCUCCAAGGAUGAGUUGCUCUCCGUUGUCCCAGCGCACCCGAUCCUUUGUCAUGAACGUUCUGGAGAAUGUCAAGGACACUGGUGGUCCUUUGUGAUGAUUGAGGAUGAGGCAAGGCUAUUUGAUUCUGAGAUUCCUUCUUUCGAAGUGACUGCUCGAUGGGAAACCUUUGCAUCUGCUUUGGAAAAAUCUGAUGCAUUGACUUUCUUCGAACUGAAACAGAUGCACUUGAAGACGGAAAUGUCGAUGUCAGAGGCAUAUCACUUGCAAGGUCGUGGCCGUGCGGAUGGAUCCUCCACAGUGAAGUCCGUGCGAACACCCCUCAAGAAUUGUGCUCUGUGUGGAUCUUGUCUAUAUCCCAAGCGCAAACAGUUCUCUACGGCAACAGUUUAUAGACUCGAAGGUCCCGAGACUGUCCUGCACCAGCCUAUGCGAUGUGGACAGAAGUCAUGCCAAGCCUCCCACUACUACAACUUCGUGUGGAGCAACGGCAUCAAGACCAAUUCGCUCGAUCCCAACCAGGCCGAGUAUAUCUUCGUGACCGCCAACACCGGGUUCCACGUCUCCUUCCUUGCUUAUCACGAUGCCCUGCAAUUCAGAGGCUACUUGAGCAAUCACGCCAUCGCCUGGUCCCAAACGAACGCAUUAUGGGCAGAUGACCAUGCACAUGCUCGAUUUCACAAGGACUAUGCAUUGGCUCGUCUUCUCUGGAAUGUCAUGAGCGAACUGUCGGUCAUGUGGAAAUCCACUAUGCCAAGCACUUCCAUUCAGAAACUUCGCACAAUUCGCGUAGAUGAUCCUGUGCAUGAAGGGCAUCUUCGGGACUUCCACCGAUGGUGGCAAACCAUCGAAACUCCCCAUCGCAUGUCGCAGUCUGUCAAAGAGAUCGCUGUCGAUGGCCACGAGAAGAUCGCCACAAAGUGCUAUCAUGAAGCACCAGCUCGCGGUGGUCGUCCUCGGAAGGAUGGCCAUGUCAAAUUGUUCUACAACGGCUGGUUCAUGGCGACACACCCUGGGACCGGAGUCAUCCUAGGCCUUUUUGAGAUGAAAGAUCCAGAGAAUUCGGAUGUUGCGCUCAAUCUUGUGCAAAAUUUGCUACCGCAUUAUCCCAAAGUGGAUGCAGUACUCUACGAUCGAGCCUGUAGCAUCUUCAAGAAGGCUAAGAACACACAGGAUUUGAAGCCUGUCAAGUUCUGGUGUGUAGACAAAUUCCACGCAAAGGGACAUUGCAACAAAUGUAAAUGUUCCCCGUCUGUGGUGCCAGCAAUCGAUAAGUGGCUUGCAGCUGGUGUUCAGCUCAUCUUUCUUUUCGUGAUCUUCCUUUCAAGAGAAAUCCGCCGUGAGGAGACAAUGAGCCCAGUGGCCAGCCCCCAUGAGCUCGCCGGAAGUUCGGCCGUGUCCAGUAGUGAGGCUUGGACGUCGCGCACGUCUCCUGGGGACAGCGCGCGCAGCGCGCUGAACGCCUGGCCCCGAAACGGUGAAACGGCCAAGAUGGGAGGUUACAGCGGAGGUUAUGGAGUCGUCCCAGGCCCCCAACUGAUGGAUGUGCAACGGCAUCUGGAGGUGAUCCGCUUCACGGUCUUGCGCGAACAUGCCAAGAUGCGCGAGAGAGCCGCGCAGGCCAAAGAACAGCUUGCAGCGCUUCGAGUUUUCGAUGAGAUCAUUCUGGAAGUAGAUGAUUGCUGUCUCAGCGAUGAGGAGCAUUGCUUCACCCAGCAGCAGCGAUUGGCAGCAUAUCCGCACAUUCUCUGGACCUUGACAUUGACGUGUCCCUCAAAGGCAGAAGGAAGCAGCACCAGCUGCGAGUUUCGGCUGCUGGUCGAGAAAACGGACACCAUCAGCCCCAGCAGCAUUGAGUUCCUGGUCUCUGUGGUGGUCCGCGCGGACAACGUGGAGCUUGGCCCUGAAACCUGGAGCAAGCUGCGCUUUGACCAGGAGUUGUGGCAUGGUUGCGUCGUUUGGAAAGCGCCCAUGCCAGACCGGGCGGUAGCUUUGCGCUGCCACGUCGAAGUGGAGGCUCUGCCACAGCUCGUCUCGAGCGAAAAUGGCACCGUGGCGCUGCAGGGCGGCGCUUGGGUCACGGCUGAAGCGAAAAUGGCGCGGCAACGGCGGCCAAACAUCUACCUGGAGUUGAUGCCUCUGAGGCUUCACUGCCAGUUGACCCUGGCAGCUCUGCGUUUAGACCUGGGCCUCAUUGAUGAGGCGUGCCAACUCUUACAAGAUGCGGAGCUUUGCAUGACCAGGUGCGUUCACCUGGUACCAUGGCAACAUGCGCAGUUCUGCUUACUCAAAUUGAGGUGGCGCAAAUUGAAAUACCGUGUGGGUCUGGCCCCGUCCGCUCCACUGGAUGCGCCCAAUGCGGUGCUGUAUCGGGACCCCAAGACAUUUGCCACGUGCAUAUGUCCCGCGGUCGACUCUCCAUUGUACCGCACGUUUCUGCAGCGGGCCAAGCCUCCUCAGAUCGUGGCCGUUUCCGAGUGGGUUCCUCCCUACGAGCGACAGCCAGAAGAAGCCUUGCGGCUUUACAUGCAGGAGUUCCUACAAGUGGCCAGAUUGGUGCUGAAAGAAGGCGGCAACGACCUUCGACAGCUGCUGCAACUGUUAGAUGAAGCGCUGGAGGAGAAUCUGCGGACCGAGGCCAUGCUUCUCAGCGAUCCCGAGAGAGCGCCACUCUUCCAGCGGAUCUUCCCCUUCUUUGCCUGUUUUGCGGCGGCCGCGCGGAAUCGCAAGGCACUCCUGUUCGAGCCGCCACAGGGUGCCGGGCCUCCACCGGUGGAAGUGGAGAAACUGCCUCUGAAGGCCCGUGAAGCUUGGGGCGGUGGCAUUGAACUUGCAGCGGCAGCUGCAGAGACAGGUGGUACGGCCCUGGAGACAGCGAAGAAGCAGAUGAUGUAUAGAUCUAUGAUGAGGCACACUAUCUCUCUACGCAGGGAAUGCGAUCUCUUCAGCAGCCUCUUCCUGGAGACGCGGCUUCUCUCGGAUCAACUCCACAUUGCGCUCACGCAGUGUUGCGAGGCCUACGUCAAGGCACGGAUUCUGGAUGAGAACCUGUUGAAGAGCCUGGAAACACCUGAGGAGGUGCCUGAGGGCGGCCACGUCUUCGUCCGUUGGUCGCUGCCGGACUUGCGCGCCACCGCGGAGGCCAGCGAAGUUUCUGAGUCUAAACCCCCCACGGCUGUGUGUACGUCUUUGCUGGUCUUUUUGUGCCCGCUGGCUUGGAACCCAGGGGAUGCAGGGGCCCGGGCCUUUGUUGGCGCGCUGAUGCCUCAGAUGCCUCAGAUGCCAGAGCUGGGAUUCCAACGGAAUUAA